AUGCAAAACCACUCAUCUGCCGCGUCUGCCUACAUUCGCCCAGGAACACCCGGCGAUGUGGUCAAUCUCUGUAUUGGCGGACGUCUGUUCAUUACACGGCGUGCAACGCUCUACCGCCUUCCGGACAGUCGCCUCUACAUGAUCGCGACACAAGGCGAGGAGGCUGCUCGGGCCGCCUCACAGAAACACGAAUACCGCUCCCAACUGUCCUCAGACAGUCAGUACACCGGUGAAUACACUGUUGGUGGUGCUACAUUACUUCCGAACCCUGUUGCUUCUUCCCUAUUUGGCAAUAAGGAGCUGAUAUCAGCCGCUGCUGUCUGCAAAAACCAACUCUACAAUACGUCGCCAACCGAGAGCCACUCCACCCGUUUGAUGGAUGGUAACCACUCAUAUCCUGGUCCUCUUUCACAGGACAAAACAGGCGUUGCUCCCCAGCCCGUGUACUUCUUCGAUCGAGAUCCUGAAAUCUUUCGAUUUGUACUGGACUAUUACCGCACUGGAGAACUACAUUUACCGACAAACAUUUGCGGCCCAUUUGUUAGAAAGGAGCUGAUUUUUUGGGGCAUUGACGAGUCUCUGAUUGACCCGUGUUGUAUGCCCGCCUACAUGCGGUACGAUGAGGAGAAGAGGACCAAGAAAACACUCUUUCGAGAUUGUUUUGAGGAUAUUGAUUCUAUGCAAAAUUUGGUCAAGUUUUCUCGUGGAUGGAAGAAAUGGCGCUACAGAAUGUGGCUUUUUAUGGAUCAUCCUACAUCUUCAUUCGCUGCUCAGGUAGGCUUCAGAUGUACAAAAAAUAACCUCAUACCAAAUGGCUAG